UAAGUAGGACCGAAGAGGAAGAGGUGAGAGAGAGAGAGAGAUAGAAUGGGGAGGGAGGAGAUGAGUCUGCACAGCAGCAUAGGAGCAAGAGGCAGAACCAUGUACAAGUUGUUUGUGGCCUCAAAUCUUGCAGGGAUUAUGGGCAUCCUCUACUACAGAGCCACCAACAUCCCCCGUGAAGGCCCCUCUUUAAGGCUUCUAGUUUGGGCAGCCAUGUCCCUCUCUGAGCUCUGGUUUGGUUUCUAUUGGCUUGUUACUCAGUCUGCCCGCUGGGAUCCCAUCUAUCGAUCCACCUCCAAAGAUCGGCUCUCCAACAGGUUUGAAAGGGAGCUGCCGGGGGUGGACGCCUUCGUGUGCACUGCAGAUCCAUGGAAGGAGCCACCGUUGCUCGUCAUAGGCACAGUGCUGUCUCUCAUGGCCUACGACUACCCACCGGAGAAGCUCAGCGUAUAUCUUUCGGACGAUGGCGGCUCCGACUUGACGUUGUAUGCCCUCCUUGAAGCCUCUGCCUUUUCCAAGCACUGGCUGCCCUUUUGCCGGAAGUUUAAGAUCGAGCCCAGGUCGCCGGCCUCAUUCUUCUCCACCAAUCCUGAUCCGCCCCUCACCUCUUCGCAGGAAUGGUCGACCAUGAAGAGCUUGUACGAAGAGAUGGCGCAUCGUAUUGAAAGUGCAGUCAGUUUAGGCAGAGUUCCACCAGAGAUUCGUGAAGAACACCAAAGGCUUUUCUCUGAGUGGAAUUCAGGCACAAACUCACGCGAUCAUCCAGCAAUACUCAAGAUACUAAUUGGUGGUGGAGACUCAAAGGCAGUAGACGUCGAUGGGUGCCCAUUGCCAACUCUUGUAUACUUGGCCCGUGAAAAGAGGCCUGGCUACCCUCAUCAUUUCAAGGCUGGAGCUAUGAACGCCCUGCUAAGGGUAUCGGCCGAGGUGAGUAAUGCUCCCAUAAUACUCAAUGUGGACUGCGACAUGUACUCUAACGAUUCACAAUCUGUAAGAGAUGCAUUGUGCUUCUUCAUGGACGAAAAGACGGGAAGCCGAACUGCAUUCGUUCAAUUCCCUCAGCGUUUCGACAACAUCACCAAGAAUGACAUCUAUGAUGCGUCGUUAUUACUCUUCACCGAGGUGACUAAUGCCCAAGUCAUUCACUUUUCCUGUAUUUUCAAUAUAUUCAGUCGUCCUGGAUCCGACCCCUUUUCAAUUUCAAUCUGCACUGUUGAAUUUUAUGGACUUGAUCGAUUCGAGGGGCCAUUGUAUAUUGGGAGUGGUUGCUUCCAUAGAAGAGAGAGUCUUACUGGAAGGGAAUAUAGCGAAGACUUCAAGGGAGAUCUGAAUGGGAGGAUGUGGAGCAAGCCUGUGGGAAUGGUUGAAGAAUUGGAAGAGAGAAGCAGGAAACUUGCUGCUUGUUAUUUUGAAGAGAACACUCUAUGGGGAACUGAGGUGGGAUUGAAAUAUGGGUGUCCAGUGGAGGAUGUCAUAACUGGGCUUUCAAUACAAUGUAGAGGGUGGAAGUCUGUUUAUUUCAGCCCAAAGAGAGCUGCUUUCUUGGGGCUUGCUGCCACUACCCUAAAUGAUGUAUUAGUUCAACAAACGAGGUGGUCUGGAGGAGAUUUUCAGAUCUUAAUAUCUAGAUACUCACCUUUCCUCUGCGGCCCUAAAAAAAUAAGCCUUGGUCUUCAGAUGUGUUAUUGCAUCUAUUGCUUGUGGGUCCCCAAUUGCUUUCCCACUUUAUGUUAUGCUAUUGCGCCAUCACUUUGCCUCCUCUAUGGAAUUCCCAUGUUCCCCAAGAUCUCCAGUCUUUGGCUUAUACCUUUUGUAUAUGUUUGCAUAAGUUCUUAUGGGUACAGUCUGGUGGAAAUUUUAUGUGUGGGAGGUACAUUUAAGAUGUGGUGGAAUGCACAACGAAUGUGGAUGAUGAGAAGGGUGACAUCCUACUUCUUUGCAUUCCUCGACUUCAUCUUGAAGCUUGUAGGCAUGGGGGAGAUGAAAUUCACAAUAACAUCCAAAGUUGCAGAUGCGGAAUCAGAAACCCGAUACAGGAACGAAAUCAUGGAGUUCGGAACUGCGUCGCCCAUGUUCAUAUUGCCCACAACACUUGCUAUACAUCACUUGGUGUGCUGGGUAGUAAUGGUUUUCAGGGUGGUGGAGAAAGGAAUUGGAGUUUUGGAUGACCUGUUUGUUCAAGCUGCAUUAUGUGGCUUCUUGGUGCUCAUCAGCCUCCCCAUUUAUGAAGCAGCAUUCCUUCGUAGAGACAAGGGACGGAUUCCUACAUCAGUUACUUCCAUCUCUGUAACAUUAGCCUUGAUGAUAUCAUUCUUAGCUGCACGCUGACAGUGAACUGCAGCAUGGUUGAUGAACACUUGAUUUUUAUGUAUAAGAUUUCCUUGAUUUCCUUUUCCCAUACAAAGCAAAUGUAUUUCAUUUAAUAAUACAAGGAGGGCUUUAUGUUAUCUUA